UUUUUUUUUUUUAUUUUUUUUUACUAAAGAAUAAUGUCUAUACUGAACUCAUCUCUUCGGUCGGCUCUCUCCCAGCGUUUAAUCUCUUUCUCUAAUAAAGUAACAGUCAUUAGACCUUUACAGUCCAUCAUUAAAGCAACUGUUUUACCCAAUAACUUUAUUUCUCAACGUUCUUAUAUAACAAAGCAAGUCUCUUACACCGUUGAUAAAUUCCCGGGUUAUAUUCGUAAUGAACACUUUAAAAAGCUUACAGAAGAUGAUGUAUCCCAUUUUAAAUCUAUUUUUCGUGGUCAAUCUCAAAUUGUACUUAAACCAAAAACAACUCAACAAGUUUCGGAUAUUUUAAAAUAUUGUAACGAACAAAACUUAGCUGUUGUACCACAAGGUGGAAAUACAGGUUUAGUAGGUGGAUCUGUUCCUGUCUUUGAUGAAAUUAUAUUAAGCUUACAAGGAAUGAAUAAAAUACGUGGAUUUGAUAGCGUCUCAGGUAUUUUGACAGCAGAUGCGGGCUGUGUACUUGAAGUUCUUGAUAAUUGGUUAGGUGAAAAGAAUUAUAUGAUGCCAUUGGAUUUAGGUGCCAAAGGAAGUUGUCAAAUAGGUGGAAAUAUUGCUACAAAUGCAGGAGGUUUAAGAUUAUUACGUUAUGGAUCUCUUCAUGGUACGGUAUUAGGCUUGGAAGUAGUUCUACCAGAUGGUACAAUCUUAGAUAACAUGUCAACUUUGAGAAAGGACAAUACUGGUUAUGAUUUAAAACAAUUAUUUAUUGGCUCUGAAGGCACAAUUGGUGUCAUUACUGGUGUCUCUAUUUUAACUCCUCAUAGAUCAAAGGCAGUUAAUGUGGCUCUUUUGGGUUUAAAUUCUUUUGAAGAUGUUCAAAAGGCAUUUAAACAGUCUCGACUUGAACUUUCUGAAAUAUUAUCAGCCUUUGAAUUUUGGGAUAUUAAUGCACUUCAAAUGUUCAAGAAGCAUGCCACUCCUAAAGCAGUCAUGGAAAAGGAAUAUCCGUUCUAUGUUUUAAUUGAAACAAGUGGAUCAAAUAAAGAUCACGAUGAUGAAAAAUUAACUAAUUAUCUUGAGAAAAUGAUGAUAGACGGUGUUGCAGAAGAUGGUGUAGUCGCUCAAGAUGAAACACAAAUUAAAAGUCUUUGGAGUCUUCGAGAGGGAUUUACAGAAGCUCUUGGAAAGGAGCCUGCAGUCUAUAAGUAUGAUAUCUCUAUGCCUGUUCCAAAGCUUUAUGAUUGUGUGCAAGAUAUGAGACAACAUCUUCGAGAUGGAGGUGUCUUUGGGCAAAUCGAUUCCCCUGUAACCGAUGUUGUAGCUUAUGGUCAUGUUGGUGAUGGUAAUCUUCAUUUGAACAUUGCUGCGAAUCGAUUAGACAGUAAGGUAUCUGCUUUAAUAGAGCCUUAUUUGUUUGAAUGGGUUGCCAAUCAUCAAGGAUCUAUCAGUGCUGAGCAUGGAUUAGGUGUCGCUAAGAAUGAGUUCUUGGGAUAUUCCAAGUCACCUGUAAUGAUUAAGAUGAUGAAAACUGUAAAGAAGAUGUUUGAUCCAAAUGGUAUUAUGAAUCCUUAUAAGUAUCUUCCUACACACUAAAUUAUUAUUAUUAUUAUUAUUAA